AUGGCGCAAAACUGCCAUCGUCCUCCUCCGUCUGGUGUUGCUCUUGUUGCAAUAACCCUGCUGCUACCAUGUUUCGUCUCGGUUGCAUCCUCGUCGCCGCCGCCGUCGUCGUCCGGCGGGACCAGUAACAACAUCAAGCUGCCGACGGACGGUGCUGCUGCUAGCAGCUUCACCGAGUUCGUGGCGGAGAACGUGGAGCUGUACAACAACGUGAGCACUGAGCAGCACAAGUACGGGGCCGGGGGCAAGGUGUGGGACCCGGAGCUGUUGGCGGCGCAGGGCAUGGCGGUGCGCUACGUGGUGAGCCCCGACGGCCAUGGCAAGUUCAGGAGCAUCAGCGAGGCCAUCAAGGCCGUGCCGGACGGGAACAAGAAGAGGAUCAUCCUCGACAUCAGGACGGCCACCUACAAAGAGAAGGUGCUUGUCCCGUACACGAAGCCGUUCAUCACGUUCUCGGGCAACCCCAAGAACCCGCCGGUGAUCAUGUGGAACGACAGGUCGGCGACCCACGGCAAGGACGGCAAGCCCGUGGGCACCUACGGCAGCGCCACGGUGGCCGUGGACGCAGACUACUUCAUGGCCUCCGGGAUCCACUUCAAGAACACCGCGCCGAUGGCGGCGCCGGGGUCGGAAGGCGGGCAGGCGGUGGCGCUGCGCGUGUACGGCAACAAGGCGGCCUUCUACGACUGCACCAUCGACGGCGGGCAGGACACGCUGUACGACCACCGGGGCCUGCACUACUUCAAGUCCUGCCACAUCCUGGGCACCGUCGACUUCAUCUUCGGCUUCGGCCGGUCCCUGUACGAGGACUGCGCCAUCAUGUCGGUGACCAAGGACGUGGCGAUCGUGACGGCGCAGCAGCGGAGCAAGAGCAUCGCGGACGCCCUGGAGACGGGCUUCUCCUUCCUCCGGUGCCGGAUCGGCAGCACCACUGGCGCCGGGCAGAUCUACCUGGGCCGCGCCUGGGGGGACUCGUCCAGGGUGGUGUACGCGUACACCACCAUGGGGAAGGAGGUGGUGCCCGUCGGCUGGGACAGCUGGACCAUCCAGAAGCCCGAGAAGAGCGGCAUCUACUACGGCGAGUACCAGUGCUCGGGCCCCGGCGCGCUGCCGCACAAGCGGGUGGGAUGGUCGCUCGUGCUCAACGACGCGCAGGCCAAGCCCUUCACCGGCAUCCACUUCAUCUACGGGGACUCGUGGAUUCUGCCGCCGCCACAUCUGGCGUAG